AACCCAUAGUUGUUGUACUAUUGUACUACUGUUAUCGUAUUAAGUAUGUCUGGUGGGCAACAGCAUCAAGCAGUUAGUAUUCCUGUGAAUCGUGAGCAACGGUCAUUUGAGAGGCAGAGACGUGACCUGUUAACUGGCCUGGAACACGGAGGUGGUACUCAUCGUGGCAACCUAAUCGCACCGUACACGGAAGACUGGCCGAGUACUGUGGACAGCUGGAUCAACUCCUCGUGGAGGAGAUGGGAUGAAGACAUGAGACGUUUGAGACGUGGAAUGUUCGCACUAUUAGUGAGUUUUGCUAUUCAGUAUUCAGGUGACCAUUAAUGCGUAUGAUUUCCUGAGAUAAUGUUUAUCAUUUGUGUAUGUUAGGAAUGCAAUAAUGCAUUGUGUGAGCAGAUUUCGCAUUAAAUUCGAGGAGAGAUUUGAUGAGCUCGGUAUGUUCUUUGAAUUUCAGCCGUUGGACAACUUUACCCACGGGAUUUGGGAAGAUCCAUUCGCUUUAAUGCACCAAAUGGAUCGUCAUAUCCAGGAUAUCCGAGAGAGAAUGGGCUCAAUGGAUGUUCCGUCGACCGGUUCAGUGAGUGACUUUUUGAAGGACGCCUACGAAAUAGGUGAGGAUGGCAAGGUACAUUUCAAGGUACGAUUCGAUGCACAAGGUUUCGCUCCUCAGGACAUCAAUGUGACGUCGAGUGAGAACCGUGUGACGGUACACGCGAAGAAGGAGACGACGACCGAUGGUGGGAAGUGUAGUCGGGAGUUUUGUCGUAUGGUGCAGCUGCCGAAGAGUAUUGAUGAUAGUCAACUGAAAUGUCGCAUGACAGAUGAUGGUGUUUUGAUGUUGGAGGCUCCAGUGAAGGUUGAUCAGAACCAGUCGUUGACGCUGAACGAGUCUGGUCAGGUGGGUGUUCGACCGAAAUCGGACAAUCAGAUAAAGGCAGUUCCUGCGUCGCAAGCACUUGUUGCAAAAGGUGUUCAUGGUCUGUCGUAUGUGGAUGAUGGUUCAGGUGGCAAGCGAUUGCAUGUUGAGGUUCCAGUGGACCCAGUGUACAAGCCUGAAGACUUGUGUGUGAAUGUUGAUUCGAAUCGUGUUGUGGUUAGUGGACGUCAUCAUAAGCAGAAGAGUGAUCGAUAUGGAAAGUCAAGUUCAUUUGCAGAGUUCAGUCAGUCGUAUGCGAUUCCAGAGACAGUUGAUCCGUUAUCUGUUUCUGCUCAGGUAGUUGGCAAUACAUUGGUAUUGGAGGCGCCAUUGGAGAAGCAACAUGCAAUUACUCACUAGAAGAGAAUAUGUUUUACUAAACUAAUCGUUGCUUAAUGUUAAAAUAUUGAUGUGAUUUUUCUGAAUAAAUAUUUUUAAAUUUCA